AGACACAGUUUUUCUGUGUAGUUUUGGCUGUCCUGGAACUUGCUUUGUUGACCAGGCUGGCCUCAAACUCACUGAGAUCUGCCUCUGCCUCCCAAAUACUGAGAUAAACGGUGUACCGCCACCCCAAGGCUUCACUGAGCUGUCUCCUGUUCUGCAGAUCAGCCUUGGUUUUUCAAGACAAGGUUUCUCUGUAGCUUUGGUUCCUGUCCUGGAACUAGCUCUUGUAGACCAGGCUGGCCUCGAACUCACAACGAUCUGCCUGCCUCUGCCUUGCGAGUGUUGAGAUUAAAAGCAAAGGCCAGCUGGAAUCUUCAUUUUAAUAUUAAAGGAGUGAUGGGGUCAAGCAUUGGGCAGGCAAAGCAAAGUCAGUUUGUAUGGCAUCCAAAGUCUGGCAAGAGAUACAAUGACCUACUCUAGUAAGGAGUGGAAAGCUUCUGGGUCCAUGUGGGCUGUAUGGAGUAAAACUAUGAGCUUCGGGCUCAGCCUAACCUGACCUACCAUCAUUACGUGGCCUUGGAUAAAUCAGUUCAUCUUUGUCAGCUUCAGGUUUUCCAUUAGGUUUAAUAGUGCCUACCUCAUAGGGUAGUGUCAACAAUUACAUGAUGCAAAUAAAAUGCUUAAUAUGAGACUGGAGAGGAAGUCAGUAAAGUGCUUGCUUCACAAACAUCAGGAGGCCCUGGGUUUGAUCUCCAGAGCCCACGUUUUAAAAAGUUCAGUAGCUGGUAGUGGUGGCGCAGGCAUUUAAUCCCAGUAUUUAGGAGACAGAGGCAGGCGAAUCAGGGUCAGCCUCAUCUACAUGGUGAGUUUCUGGACAGCCCGAGGCACGAGAUAUAGAGAGACCCUAUCCUGUAAAAAGGUCAGUGAGUCCCUGUAAUCCUGCCUCUGGGAAAUGGACACAGUAGGAUCCUUGGAGCUCACUGGUCAGCCAGUCUAUCCUACUUGGUGAGCUCCAGGCCCUCAACAGCAAACAAACAAAACCCUCAGAGGUUUGAUUCCUGAGGAACCAUGCAGGUUGCCCCUCUACACACAUACUGCUUAUUAUGGCAGGGUCUAGUGAGAUAAACCUGUAAUCCCAGCUACUUGAGAGUCUGAUUCAGAAGGAUUGCAGCACUUUAGGCUACAGAUGAGUUUAAGGCGAGCCUGGUCCACUUAGGGAAAACCCUGUCCCAAAAUACCAUGUGUAAGGUUCUAGAUUCAAUCUUCAGUAUCAAAUACUCAAAACAACAUUAAAAUAGUGUUUUUUUUUAAACUUAUUUACUCUUAUUUCCUACACAAUAUCCUACUUGCAUGUAUGUGUGGAUCUCUUGGAACUGGAGUUUCAGACACCUGUGACCAGCCAUGAGGAUGCUGGGAAUUGAACCCUUGGGUCUUCUGGAAGAGCAGCCAAUAUUCUUAACCACUGAGCCAUCUCUCCAGGCCCUCAAGAUUUAUUUUUAAUAAUUUAAUGUGUUUUGUGUUUUACCUACACAGAUGCCUGCAUCACAUGCCAGCAAUGCCAUAGAAGGACAAAAGAGAGUGUUGCAGCACCUGGAACUAGAAUUACAGAUGUUGUGAGCAGCCACAUGGGUGCUAGGAAUCUAUCCCAGGUCCUCUGGAAGAGAGUCAGGGCUCUUAACCGCUGAGCCAUCUCAAGCCCUACCAAAAUACAAAAUAGUAUUGUAUUUAGGGCUGGAGUGAUAGCUCAGUGGUUAAGAGCACUGAUUGUUCUUCCAGAGGUCCUGAGUUCAGUUUCAAGCAACCACAUCAAGUGGCUCAUAGCUCUCUCCAAUGGGAUCUUAUGCCCUCUUCUGGAUUAAAGGUGUACAUGCAGAUAGCACACUCAUACAUAAAAUAAAUAAAGUGUUUAAAAAAAUAAAUAGUAUUGUAUUUGACGUAUAGUAAGUGUGAAAUUCAGAACAAAAAGUUUUGUUAUUCCUAUUUCUAGCAAAACCAGACAGCUCGUAGGUGAUAGGCCUCUCUUUGAAACUGAGUAUUGCUUAUCUCCCAUGGGUAUAUGCUCUGAAGCUAUUUAUGAAAAUGUUAAAAUGUUUAGCUUAGUGUUUGUCAUGUGCUCAGUAUUGUCUCUUCCCAGGAAAGCAGACAGCCUCCAGGGCUUGAGAAACUGCUGGUCCCUCCUUACUGAGAAGAGCACAGGAUACUGAAGAAUACCGCUGACUCUCAGCAGGCUGCCAUUUGCCUCCAGCAGCACCGGACUACAAUCUUACAGCUCUGGAUUUCUUCUCCUUGCUCUAAGAUAAAGGCCAUGUCACCUCCUGGAAAAGGUCCCCGGAAAGAGAACCUGGGGCUCCAGUGUGAAUGGGGGUCCUGCUCCUUUGUAUGUUCGGCCAUGGAGGAGUUCUUCAAGCAUGUCACUCAGCACCUGCAGGAACACGUGCAUGGCUCCAAGGAGGAGGAAGAAGAGGACCCACUUGAAGAAGAAUUCUCCUGCUUGUGGCAGGAGUGUGGCUUUUGCUCUCUGGACAAUUCUGCUGACCUCAUUCGCCAUGUCUACUUCCACUGCUAUCACACCAAGCUGAAACAGUGGGGGCUGCAAGCCUUGCAAAGCCAAGCUGACCUCAGCCCCUGCAUCCUGGACUUCCAGAGCCGGAACGUCAUCCCUGACAUCCCUGACCAUUUCCUGUGUCUAUGGGAACAUUGCGAGAGUACCUUCGACAAUCCCGAGUGGUUCUAUCGGCACGUGGAUGCGCACAGCCUGUGCUGUGAAUACCAAGCUGUCAGCAAGGACAACCAUGUGGUGCUGUGUGGCUGGAAAGACUGUACCUGUACCUUCAAAGACCGCUGCAAACUUCGAGAACACCUCCGCAGCCAUACCCAGGAGAAGGUGGUGGCCUGUCCCACCUGUGGGGGCAUGUUUGCCAACAACACCAAGUUCUUAGAUCACAUCCGUCGCCAGACCUCGCUGGAUCAGCAGCGUUUCCAGUGCUCUCACUGUUCUAAGAGGUUUGCCACAGAGAGGCUGUUGCGUGACCACAUGCGGAAUCAUGUGAAUCACUAUAAAUGCCCUUUGUGUGACAUGACCUGCCCAUUGCCUUCCUCCCUCCGAAAUCACAUGCGCUUUCGACACAGUGACGACCGGCCCUUUAAAUGUGAUUGUUGUGACUACAGUUGCAAGAAUUUGAUUGACCUCCGGAAGCACCUGGAUACCCACAGCAAGGAGUCAGCCUACAGGUGUGAGUUCGAGAACUGCAGCUUCAGUGCUCGCUCUCUCAGCUCCAUCAAGUCCCAUCACCGCAAAGUUCAUGAAGGAGACUCAGAGCCAAGGUACAAAUGUCAUGUCUGUGACAAAUGCUUCACACGUGGCAACAACCUCACUGUGCACCUUCGCAAGAAGCACCAGUUCAAGUGGCCAUCGGGACACCCUCGUUUUCGGUACAAGGAGCAUGAAGAUGGCUACAUGCGACUGCAGCUGGUUCGCUAUGAGAGUGUGGAGCUCACACAGCAGCUCCUCCAGCAGCUCCAAGAAGGAUCAGAUCCGGGAGUGGCACUGAAUGAAAGCAGCCUGCAGGGCAUUGUUCUAGAAACAGUACUGGGGGGGGCAGGACCUGUGGAAGAGAUGGAAGAGGAAGAUAGGGCUGAGGGGACAGCCAUCUCAGCUUCUCAGGACAACUCCAGUUCUGCUGUCCAUAUGGAUGGUCAGACAGACAGCCAAGGCCAGCGAGAAAUUGUCUACUAUGUGCUGUCUGAAGCCCCAGGAGAGCCCCCUCCAGUCUCUGAGCUACCCUCGAGAGAGAUGGAAAAGCUUCAAGGAGUACCUGAGAAGCCGGAGGUCCAGAUGGUGUGAGGCUGCUGAGCCUGACCUUCUUUAGACCUUGGAGUUUGAGCCAGCCAGCAUUGCCCCUGGUGGGCAGCCUUUGUUUUUGGAUGCCUUUAGAAGUGGUGCUGAGAAUAGUAUGUUCCAGUCUGACUCAGGCAGCGUCAUUCUGUGGACUCUGAGUAAUUCCUCCCCUCCCCUCUCCACACUGUUGUUUGUGGGGAACCUGAGGAGUAGGAUUCAUUGAAGAAAUUCUACAUGUGUGUUCUCAUUAGUCGUGCUAGAUGCAGUGAGUAAAUGUUUAGUUCACAUCGGUUCCUGUCUUUAGGGGUCCAUUGGCCCAGGGAUGAUGAGCGACUGUUCCUUCUGAGAGCCAUUUCCUCACUAUAAAUUACGCCUUGAGAGGCCAGGUGGUGGUGGCGCACACCUUUACUCCCAGAGGCAGGUGGAUCUCUGUGAGUUCAAGGCCAGCCUGGUCUGCAGAGUGAGUUCCAGGACAGGUAGAUAGGCUCCAAAGCUACAGAAAAACCCUGUCUCGAAACUGCCACCCCCCCUCCCCCAAGAAAAGUUAAGUUACGUGUUGAGAACCAGGUGUCAUUUCUCUCAAGGUUUCCUUUUACAUUCCAGGAACACUGGUGAUUAUCUUAAGGGGCAGGAUUGGAGACUGUAUGUAUGACAGUUGUUUUUGGUAAUAAAAAACCACUUGGGCUGUUACUUAUUUCUCAAAUUUGGUGGCAGUUUCCUAGGUAACAGAUAUAGUUGUCUAGAAGUGGGGCUGAAUAACUAGGCUUACCCCUUUAGAGACCAGGGUGGUUUCUUUAACUCUCAUGUACCCGUUUGGAGUUUGUCCAUUGCUUCCAGAGCUCUACCAGCUUUGUGGUUGGAGGCCCAGUACUUGUCCAUGGUAUAAUGCUAGCAGCAUUACAGAAUGGAUAUGAAUGGCCCUGGGACUGCACCCUUAGUCCUAGUUAGAACCCUGUGCCUCUAGGGCAGGCUGGGAUUCUGGAACUGCAAAGGCUCUGAAGUAGAGGUAGGUUGGGAGGUCACCCAGAGACUGCCAAGUACUCAGGAGCCAGGAGUCAAGCUAGAAAACUGUGUCUACAUUUUCCUAGAGAGUGGAUCUAUUUUCAUUGGAUUAAAAAAGUUCUUAUGAAUAUUA